AAGAAGAAGAAUGUGGGAUUGUAAAAUGUUACUUGUAGAAACUUUCAGAUUUAAAGAUAAGCUUUCAAAUUCACACAUUCAGGUUUUCUUUUUGAUUGGCUAUUUACUGAACAAUAUGCCAAGAAUAAUGUAACCUUUUACAGUUAAAUGAAGCAAAACGCAGAAACCCACUGCACACAUUUCAACUCACAAUAUACAAUACAACUUAUUAGAUUCAAUAGCAUUGACAAACAAAGCCUGUAGUUCUGGCUGGACGAGCAGUGUUAGAUCAGCACGCCAUGCCUUUUACUCCUCGGAAAGCAGCUGUGUGUCGUGGUUGGUGAGCAGGAGACAGACGCGUGUACUCUCGGUCGUUAGUCUAAAGUCCGGAAGUCUUUCAGCUGCGCACAUGCGGAUCGGAUUUAUCUUCCAGCAGACUUUCGGCGAAUUAAGUCGAUACCAGAGAUACCAAAAAUGAUGCACUGGACUAAAAUGAAGAAAGAUGAGCUUGAGAGGCAGUAUUCACCCAGCUGGUGGUCGCACAGGAUGUCGGCAGACGACGUGAUCAAGGCUCACGUGAAGGCUUUAAAGGAAGGUACGGAGCAAGCCCGUGGUCUGGCUCAAACGUUGCUCAACGUGCCAUACGGGGAGGGAGAUGGAGAGAAACUAGAUGUCUACAUACCCAGCACCAACUCUUUGGAUGUCCCCCUUGUCAUUUACCUACAUGGAGGCUACUGGCAGUUUCUCAGCAAGGAGGAGUCAGGAUUCAUGGCUGUUCCACUCGUUGACAAAGGUGUAGUGGUGGUUGCUGUUGAUUAUGACACCGCCCCCAAAGGCAGCAUGGACCUGAUGGUAUCUCAAGUACGCAGGAGUGUUGUGUCCGUGGUGCAGCAGUAUUCUCACAUCAGUGGUCUGUACCUGUGUGGCCACUCUGCUGGGGCUCACCUGGCUGCAAUGGUCCUCUCCACUGACUGGUCGCAGUACAGCAUCACUCCUCAGAUCAAAGGUGCUUUUCUUGUUAGUGGCAUAUAUGACCUCCUGCCCAUCUUGUCCACCUACAUCAACGAACCUUUGAAGAUGACAGAGGAGGUGGGAGUGAGGAACAGCCCCAGCAAACUGGUCCCUCAGCUCAAACUCUCCUCCUCCAGCUGCCAAAUCAUUGUGGCCGUCGCUGAGAACGACUCGCCCGAGUUUCGCAAGCAGUCAGAAGAAUACUACAAAACUUUAGAGGCGUCAGGACUUAACGUGACCAUGGAGGAUGUGGCGAACACCGACCACUUCAAUAUCAUUGAGCAACUGGUAGAUGGGGAGUAUGACCUAACAAAGGUACACACGUUCACAAAACAAAAAGGCAAUAGUGGUCAUCAACCCAAGUCCAAGCCUGACAGUAAGGAUGAAGAUGAUACUCCCAUGACCUCCUUUGGUGUUGCCGUCCGACGCCUCCCCCUGGCCUUGGUGUCCAUGACGCAAGCUACCGCCUCAGACUCACGCUUCCACCCUAAAUGGCGGGCAAUCGCUGUGGCGACCCUGCUGGCUUUAGUUCUCAUGUUAUACCUGCACCGCACAGUAGGAGACAGAGACACUGCCACGAGAGGUUACUACCGCAACAGGAUUCACAGUUUGCAAAUGCACAGUGAGGGUGAGGAUGACCUCUUCAAAGACGCCAACGGGCAAAUUGCAAGAAGCCUCUCACACCACCAGAGAAGGGACAAACCUUACAAUGACACAUACCCGUUAAGUCCGCCAGAGAAGACCAAGCACGGCAUCCGCUACCGUAUUGGUGUGAUUGCGGAUCUGGACAUAGCGUCGCGUAGCUCAAAGGAUCAGACGUGGUUCAGCUACAUGAAAAGAGGUUACCUGACUGUUUCAGACAGCGCUGACAGACUGGAGGUGGAGUGGGAUGCUGAGACAGUCACACUGGAGAGUCAUCUGGCUGAGAAAGGACGAGGUAUGGAGCUGUCCGAGCUGGUGGCGUUCAACGGACACCUGUACAGUGUGGACGACCGUACAGGCGUAGUGUACAGGAUCGAAGGCAACCAGGCGGUCCCCUGGGUUAUCCUACCCGACGGUGACGGCUCAGUCUCUAAAGGAUUCAAGGCUGAGUGGCUGGCAGUGAAAGAUGAGCACCUGUAUGUUGGCGGCCUGGGCAAAGAGUGGACCACGACAUCUGGAGAAGUCGUCAACAACCACCCAGAGUGGGUGAAAGUUGUUGGUUACCACGGUGAUGUGCAGCAUGAGAACUGGGUGCCGCACUACAAUGCCCUGCGGACCGCAACAGGGAUACAACCACCAGGCUACCUUAUCCAUGAGUCAGCAGCGUGGAGUGAGCGUCUCCAGCACUGGUUCUUUCUCCCUCGCCGUGCCAGUCACGAGCACUACGAAGAGACUGCAGACGAGCGACGGGCCACCAACCUCCUCCUGUCCUGCCCCGCAGAUUUUAGCUCCAUAGCAGUGCGGCAUGUCGGCCCGCUCAACCCAACCCACGGUUUCUCCUCGUUCAAGUUUGUUCCAGACACAGACGAUCAGAUUAUUCUGGCCCUGAAAUCAGAGGAGGAUGCCGGCCGGAUUGCCACCUACAUCAUUGCAUUUACACUAGACGGUCUGGUGCUGAUGCCCGAGACAAAGAUGGGGAAUGUGAAGUUUGAAGGACUGGAGUUCAUUUGAGGAGGACAACGCUGACGAGUCCCCGAAGAAGAUUAAGAAGCGGACUUCAUACUUGCAACACUGUUGUUUUCAGUCCUUAGUACUACAUCCCCCUUCCAGUUUUACUGUGCAAUAAUAAUGUAGUAUGACCCCAAAUUAUAUAUUUUACGAAUAAUAAUAUUAUAUGAUAACAAUAUAUUGUAUAUGGAACAAUAGUCGGUAAAAAGGGCAGGAGACUGCUACAUCACCAGGGGAGACAAUUAAGUGUCACCAAUAAUUGACCAAUUCAGUUUUAGUGCGACUGGUUUGGGCUUCCCAUCUGUGACUAGCUACACACACCAGCCACGCAGAAAUAGCCAGCCGGUCACCACCUUCUAAGAUCUUUUAAUGCUUUCAUAAGUAGACGCUAUUGAUAUUCCAAAGGAGUCUGGGUAAAUUACUAUCAAUGAGUAUCCAUCAGUCCAUCAAACACAAGGUCAUGUGGAUGUCCUCUCCUGCAGCCGAACUCUGCUGGUCAGACACUCAGGGGAAUAAACAGGAUUAAAUGUUUUAAGGAAUAGAAAGAGUGUCCUUAAAUAACUUGAAUUAUUAAACUCACCCAUUACUUUGUGCUUUAUCUUACCUGCUCAGACAGAUGUGUUAUUGGAUUGAUAUUUAUGUAAUAAUGGGUCUAGCAACGUGAUGCAUAUCGACUUCUAAAUUAUAAGCUACAUGUGAUACGUUUUUUCUGAGCAGGUCCACCGCAAAUAUUUUUUACUUAUGUUAAUAAACUGAAGAUUGUUCGCCUCUCAAGCCAGAGAAUAAGUGAAACACCAGCUAUUUUAUUUAAACAGAAACCAUGUUUAUUUUGUAUCCUCUCAAAAUGCAAAUAAAAAUCUUCUCGUUUAAA